AUGUCGUUCCAAAUAUUUGCAGUAUCCUGUGAUGUCGCAAUAUGGUUAUUUUCUGAUGAGAAAGUUUUCAAUUGUCAAGAAUUGUUUGUCUACUACACCAAUUUCAAAGAAGCAGCAUUAGCAGGUGGCAGCAACAGUGGCAACAACAGCAGCUGCAGCAGUAGCUAUGAUCGGGCUAUUUGUACAGCCGCAGGAGACCCUCAUUAUUCAACAUUUGACCAUCAAGUACAUCAUUUCAUGGGAAACUGCACUUAUACAUUCUCCAAGUUGUGUAAUGACUCCAGUGACCUUCCUUCCUUUGACAUUUUCACCACCAAUGAACACAGAGGGGCAAACACUAAAGUGUCCUAUAUUAAGUCUGUCCAUGUUGUGGCUUGCAAUCAUACAGUUUCCCUACAGAAGAACAGAAGGAUUAGUGUUGAUGGAAGAAGAGUGAACUUGCCUGUCUCAGUUGGAGAGGAGUUAAAAAUCCAAAUCAGCGGUAGCUAUGUUCAUUUGCAAACCAACUUUGGCCUUUGGGUCAGAUUUGAUGGUGAUCAUUAUGUUGAAGUUUCUCUGCCUUCUUCUUACAAGGGACAACUUUGUGGUUUGUGUGGCAAUUACAAUGGUAAUCAAGAGGAUGACAACCUAAAGCCCGAUGGUGGUGUUGCAACAGACUCUGUAGAGCUUGGAAACAGCUGGCUGGUGCCACAAAACAAUACCAUAUGCUCCAGUGGAUCGUUAAAUAUUUGUGACCCUGCAUGGAAGAGUAAUGUAAGCGAAAAUACAGCUUGUGGAAUGAUCAUUGACCCAACAGAGAGCACUGGUCAGUUUCCUGGUGCACCAAUAGAAUUUUGGAAAUAUGGAAAGAAAGUUACCAGUCACCAAGUACUAAUGAACAUGCUCUAUCAGCAAGUUAGUCAAAGAAGACUCUUACAUGCUUGGAAAGAGAACCAGAAGAAAGGAAGGAAAUUAAUAUACUGCUCAUGCAUCUUUAAGAACUGCCAUGCAAAAGUAGCUCCAGAGACAUUCUUUGACAACUGUGUGUAUGACAUGUGUCUCACAGAGGGGCAAACCACAUCUUUAUGCUAUAGUUUGCAGUCCUAUGCUGAAGCAUGUCUGAAUGAAGGGAUCUGUUUAAACUGGAGAAAUAACACUCUCUGUCCAAUAAUGUGUCCAGAAGGAAGCCAUUAUGAAAGUUGUGGUCCCCGAUGCCCUCUUCCCUGUGUACCUCCUUCAAGCCCUGGACCCUGCAGCCCCUUGCCAGUGGAAGGCUGUUUCUGCAACGAAGGCUACCUCCUGAGUGGAGACACGUGCGUGCCGGAAAGCAGCUGUGGUUGUGUCGAUCACAACAACAACUACUACCAGCUGGGUGAAAGCUGGUUUCCUGACGAAGCCUGCGCUGAACGUUGCACAUGUAAUGAUAAUAACACAAUUACUUGUACAGACUGGGCCUGUGGCGUACUGGAGAGAUGCAAUGUUCAUGAUGGAGUUUUGGGCUGCCACAUGACUGGCAGAGCCUCGUGCCACGUGAUGGGAGAUCCACACUACUUCACCUUUGACAGAGAGAUGCACACUUUCUUAGGCACCUGCACUUACAGCCUGGUGGAAAUGUGUAACAGCAGCAGUGUGGUCCCUGUAACCAUCCGAGGGAAAAAUGUGAACCAAGGACAGACGGGGGUGACUUACCUUAAGGAAGUCUACAUUGAUGUGUACGAUAGCCGAAUCACGCUCCAGAGAAACAGGCAGAUACUGUUCAACAGAGAAAAAAUUCAAACACCAAUGAACAAUCGUGUGAGAGGAGUAAACAUUGGAAUCGUGGGAAUGUACACUGUUGUGGAAACUGACUUUGGAAUGGUAGUGAAAUUUGAUGGAAAUCACCAUUUACAAAUCAGCCUCCCAGACUCUUACCUCUCAAAGGUGUGUGGUAUGUGUGGCAAUUAUAAUGGCCUUCCAGGAGAUGAAUUACUCAUGCCAAAUGGGAUGCUAGCCAACAACGUCACUGAACUUGGAAACAGUUGGAAAGUAGAAGAAGACAGCGACGUUGGUUGUUUACCAGAUGGCAGAAUGGAUCUUGGCCCACCAUGCACUAAUCAAGAGGAACAAGUUAUUACACAGCAGUGCAAUGUUUUAGAUUCAGAUGUUUUCAAACCUUGUCAUCAUCUCAUCAAAACCAAGCUUUUCAUCAAGAGUUGCAUCUAUGACAUGUGCAAAUUCAAUGGCAUGCAUUCCACCCUGUGUGCUAUAACUCAGGCCUAUGUGGAUGCUUGCAAAGGAGAGGGUGUCAUCAUCAAGUGGAGAAACAGUACAUUUUGCCCAUUAUCCUGUCCACCCAACAGUCAUUACACUGAUUGUGCUUCUUCCUGUCCACCAACAUGCAAAGGCGUAGACAAUUCUUCCCUUUGUGAGAAGCUCAGGGAAUGUUCAGAAGGUUGUGAUUGCAACAAAGGAUAUGUGCUAAGUGGUGUUCAGUGUGUAAGGCCAAAUGCCUGUGGCUGCAGAGAUGAUGAUGAUAACUACUUCAAUGUUGGUGAGAGCUGGUUAACUCCACAUUGUACUAAAAAAUGCCAGUGUAAGAAAGGCAAUUUUAUACAGUGUAGAACCUAUGGCUGUGAGGAAGGGGAAAUAUGUCUCCUGCAGAAAAAUGGAAAAUAUGGCUGUAAACCAACAGGUUUUGGGAAGUGUUUAAUCACUGGAGAUCCACACUACUCGACCUUUGACGGCUUGCUGUAUCACUUCCAAACUGAAGGCACCUAUGUUCUGGUCCAGACCUCUUCAGCUAUUCCUAACACAUUACCAGAAUUUAGCAUUGAGGGGAAAAACAAGCCUUUGAUUGCCAUAAAGGGAGUUAGUUGCCUUGAGGAACUACGCAUUAAUGUUUACAACCAGUCCGUGCUAUUUAAGCAGAAAAAAGAGCUUGUGCUGAAUGGAAUUAAAGUUGUUCCACCUGCCCAGCCUCAUGAAGGAUUCCGCAUAUAUCAGAGAGCCUCAAGAAUAGUCAUGGAAACAGAUUUUGGCUUAUUUGUGAGUUUUGACGGUAUUGAAAAUUCAGAUAUAACUCUGACUAAUAGAUACCGAAAGCAUGUUGAAGGAUUAUGUGGUAACUUUGAUGGAAAAUAUAAAAAUGACUUCAGGACCCCAGAUGGCACUAAGGUAAAGCACGUCAAUAAGUUUGGUGAAAGCUGGAGAGCCCCCAUCAAGAAAACAACUUCUAGGCAGAGGAGAGCUAUUUCUGAGGAAGAUGAGGAAGAUUUAGAAUUAGAUACAGGGUUUUCUACUGGCUGCCAAGAAACUCAACUUGGCAUUGUAAAUGGAAGCUCCCAGUGUGGAAUGCUUACUGAUCCCAAAGGACCAUUUAAUAAUUGCCUUGCGCUUGUUUCACCAGAAAGCUAUCAGAGGAACUGCAUUUUUGAUGUAUGUAGAGCACUUGAAAAUGUGGACUUUCUCUGCAGUAAUCUAGAGCAAUAUACACUGGCCUGCCAGGAAAAGGGAGCUACCCUGGGGAAGUGGAGAAAGGAGUCAAGCUGUGAAUUGAAGUGUCCACCCAACAGCAGAUACAGCCAUUGUAUGUCGGCUUGCCCUGCAUCUUGUAGUGAUUUAGCAGCUCCCUCUGAAUGCGAGAUGCCCUGUCUUGAAGGAUGUGAAUGUCUCCCUGGAUAUGUUCUCAGUGGUUUUGACUGUGUACCAUACCGAGAAUGUGGUGCUUCCUAUAGCAACAUCUAUUAUAAGGCAGGGGAUAGUUUCAUCUCAGAAGACUGCUCUAAAAAAUGUUCCAGUUUGGAAGGUUCCGCUAUUUCUUGCUCUGAAAUGCAGUGUCAGCAAAAUGAAAACUGCAGCAUAGCCAAUUUCCGCCGUGGAUGCUAUAGAUCUGAUUCCUGCCUUAUAAAAUCUUGUAUGAAUGGGGGAACGUGUUCUGAGAAUUCCACUGCAACCAACAACUCUUCCAGCUUCUUCUGUAUAUGUCCUACAUCUCAUGAAGGUCCUUUCUGUGAUACUGAAAAGUCAAAAGGUGUGUCGAUUAAUAAUAAAAACACAGCCAUCUACGUUGCUGUGGGAGUGGUAGUAGGGGUAUUUGUCCUUGUGGCACUUAUUUCACCAACUGUGUACCACGUCCAUUCCAGAAAAAAAUCCUCAAACAAGUUUUGAAUCCAUCAGAUGUCUCUUCCAUAAGACAGCCACAAAACCCACCUCUUGCAUACCUGGUCCAGCCUGACUAUGAAUAUGUUAUGAAUGCUGCUUUUAUUGGUGGUCAAUGACAUUUAUUAACCUUAAUAAGUUCCAA